AUGCUUAGUGGUGAUCUGAUUACCCUUUGUUCUCGCCCAAUUGAUGGUCCAGCUAUACCAAUUCAAUCUUCUUUAUAUGAGAGCAGCAUGUCAAUUUCCUGUUCUGGCCAAAAAUUUAGCCGCACAAAUAUGGAUAAACCACCCCAGGAACGUCAGCAUCUAGAUACAAACCUAAAUGAAUCUAUUGACUAUCCUAUAAAUAUAUAUGAUGAACAUACUAAAAAUGAUCUCAGCAGCUCUGGGUCAUCCUUUACUCGUCUUGUCAUCCCAUCUUCUUCUUCUAGGAGCUUUGUCUUUUCUAAUAAUGACUCCAAGCCUGGCUCUUUUCAAACAAUUAAUGGAGAGAUGGACUACAAAGUAAGGACUUCUGGAAAAAUUCUAAAAGAAGACGCAGAGGAUGAGGAUGAUGCUUCUAUGUGCUUUGGUCAAAAUCAGCGCACCGGGGAAAUUGGAGAAUUCCCCGCCAAUCUAGUUUAUGUAAUUCCUUCGCUGGAGAGGCCUACAACGAAUCUUCUUAAGCUGUUUAAAAGCCGAAACCUAUCUACACUCCCCGCUGGUUUCCGCAUUCCUCCCAUUUUGCAAGGAGUGUUGAUCCAAGGCUGCGGUUUAAUCGGCAAUCCUCUCCCUUCCGGUCAUAUCAGAGUCCCCUCUUGCUCCGAAUGA